AUGCAGGAGUUUCGAGCAGCUUUCCCUGUUCAAGACCCUCCCCUGCCCGUAGACCUCUUUGAUCAGAGCAACAAGCCCAGCCAGGAAACUUCGCCGCCUAGAACUCCUCCAGUUGACACUUUUAGCGAAGUUGAUGGACUGCAAACCUUGAAUCUAGUCCGCUCUGACAGAAUCGAUGAUAAUGAGGAGCCUCUUGUGGCUGUCAUCGGGUGCGGAUAUGUUGGAACACAGCUCAUCGGCUCUUUUUCGAGUCAUUACGACGUGCUGGGCUUCGAUGUAUCAAAAGAGCAACUCCGAAGAUUAGAAGAUAAGUUUAGGGGCGAGAAAAGUCGUGUAUCUUUCACCCUCGAUCCUCGAAAUCUCUCCAAGGCUACCCACUUCCUCAUUUCAGUGCCAACGCUUCUCAAAGCUGAUAAGACAAUCGACACAUCAUAUGUUAGAAGCGCGUUAACGAACGUGCGGAAAUAUGCUCGGCCAGGCUCAACAGUGGUGAUAGAAAGCUCGGUUGCCAUCGGGAUGACAAGGCAGCUACUCGGCCCCUUAGCUAAAGAGAAAUAUUUUUUCGCGGGCAUGUCUCCAGAGAGAAUCGACCCUGGACGAACUGAUCCACCCAUGCACACAAUUCCAAAGGUCAUAUCCGGGUUGGACGAUGUUGUCCCCGGAUCUCUUGCCGCGAUUACCCGUUUAUAUUCGCGUGUGUUUGACUCCAUCGUUCCCGUAUCAACACCGGAAACGGCAGAAAUGACCAAACUGUAUGAGAACUGCCAACGGAUGAUCGCCAUCACGUAUGCCAACGAGAUGGCGGAUGCUUGUGUUGGCCACGGCAUCGACCCUUACGAGGUAUGCAGAGCAGCAUCAACCAAGCCGUUCGGUUAUACUCCGUUCACUCCCGGUCUUGGUGUUGGAGGCCACUGCAUCCCAGUCAACCCGUACUAUCUCAUGGCCAACAGCUCAUUCCCUCUUUUGAAGAUGGCAACCGAAACCAUCAACAAGCCCGACUUUGAACACGUCGAGCGCACUGAGACCUCAUCAGAGAAAUCAUCCAGCUUAUUCCGACCUCGGGUACUAGUUGUCGGGGUGGGAUUUAAGGCUGGCCAGUCUCAUCUAAGCAACUCACCGGGGCUGAAGCUUAUUCAGACUCUCGUCGACUCUGGACGAGUCGAUGUUAUGUUUGCCGAUGCAUUGGUAGAGCAAACUGCCAUCCCUCACAUUCCCCGUCUAGAUAUGAGUGACUGGAACAAGUCAAGCCUCGAAAGGUUCGACAUGAUUAUCGUCGCUUUCAAGCAAAAAGAUAUGGAUUUCAAGGUUCUCGACGAGGUUCGAAAUGUUCAGAUCGAGAUGUGGUGCCCAUAG